AUAUCCUCCCGGCACAUGGGCCGUUCACCGGAUCGGCUGACGUCGAGUUUCCACGCCGCGUUGCCCAAGUCAGCUUCGCCGCAGCUGAUGUCAGCUUCAUACUCCGGAGACAUCCCUAUACCAUCAGCUAUGAGCCAGAGCUUCGACUCGCCUGGCUUGAUGUAUGGGGGAGAGAAGAGGGACAAUGGCAAAGAGAAGGAGAAGGCACCAGAACUACAGCCAGCAAAACCAGUGAAUCAUUCCCUAGAAGCAGCAUCCAAGAUGGUUCCCGUUCCGGAAUCGCUCAUGAGUCCGGACUAUCAGGACCCAAUCUACGACAUCCAAAGAUCCAUACCAAAGCCGACCAACCACUCAGUCAAUAGCAUCUCUAACACAUCGUCUCAAUCCAGCAACAGUAGUAUUCAAGAAGAGAAACCGCACAGACAGAUUGUUCAGCCGAAUAAGAACAUAAAAGGAUCCCCGAAGCUGCCCAAAAGUGCGACUUCCAGCCCGAAGUUAAAGUCCAAAAUCGAGCGGAAGGGGAGUUUGUCUAAAGGUGACAUAAAAACCGAAGAGAAAAAGCUGAACGGCAUGACGAAACAAGAGAGCGGGGACCAGAUAGACCCAGACAAGUUGGAAAUCAUCAAACUAGCGUCCAACCAGAGACGACAGAAGAAGAUGAGCGCAGAAUGCAUGGCCGCUGUCACCAUCCAGAAGAUGUGGCGUGGAUACCGCAGCAGGAACCUUAACAAGGAUACACUGAGGAUCCUGCAUGCCAUCCAGGCUGCUAGAGCGAGACAGCAUAUACAAAGGUUAACGUGCGACAUGGAGGCAACUAAGGCAGCCCUCGAAAGCGAGCGCAAGAUUCAGCAGCUACAGAUGCAAGCCAUCAACGCGCUGUGGAAGAAAGUUUCAACGUUGCAAGCGGCAGACACCCAAAAAGUCCGGUCGUGCGACUCAGACGACAGCACCGAAGCGGUGCGGCAGUUGACGGAGACGUGCAGCCGGCUGCAGUCGCAGGUGGCGUCGCUGCAGACGUGCAUGCAGGACAUCCUGCGCUGCGUGGCCUGCGCGCGCGCGCCCGCUGCCACGCAGACCGACGUCACGUGCGUGUGCACGCCGCAGGAGGAACGCGUGUCAUUCCUGAAACGACCGCAGUCGCUGCCGCUUGCGCCCGCUGCGCCCGCGCCCGAGCCCGCUCCUGCGCCCCAACAGGAAACGCCAGCGUCCUUUAGCGUUACAGAAUGGCCCGGAACGCCGCGUCAAUGGGACGGACAACAAACGAGUGACUAUGACCCGGGCAAUUUGGGUCUAAUCUGA